AUGUCCGAAAGACCCAUGCACCGAGGCGGAGGACGCGGAGGUGGAGGUGGCGGUUUCCGCGGCGGGCGCGGCGGCGGCCGGGGAGGAGCCCACGGCCCGGGCGGCGACAAGGCUGGCGGCGACAAGGCUGCCGAGCGGCCCAAGAAGGAGAACAUUCUCGACCUCGCCAAGUACAUGGACAAGCAGAUCACGGUCAAGUUCAACGGCGGCCGCGAGGUCACUGGCACGCUCAAGGGCUACGACGCGCUCAUGAACCUGGUCCUGGACGACGUCAAGGAGACGCUACGCGACGAUCAAGGAAACGAGUCUUCCCGAUCCCUCGGCCUCGUCGUCGCCCGCGGCACCCUCCUCGUCGUCAUCACCCCCGUCGACGGCAGCGAAGUCAUUGCCAACCCCUUUGCCCAACCCGACGAGUCCUGA